UUGACAAUAGGUAGCAACGUACGCCAUUCUUUUCAAAUAAUUAUGUUUGCGGUCGGUUUUUUUUAAUACUUUAAUAAGUUGGACAAAAUUAGUAUGAAAUAUACAAAGAAAUUCUAGUAACGACUCAUUAUGUGUUCGACAUUUAAAACUCCCGGUCCUCAAUAUGAACUGAGGCCCGUAGUUGGUUAUAAUAAGCAUUGCUUAUCAAAACUACGAAACCCUCAGUUUUCGUUCGGACUAAAACUCGGUGGUUGUGGGGCGUCGACGGGACCAGGACCGAAAUAUUCGUUAGGAAGAUAUACCAGAUAUGGAAAGGCUACCCCACCUGCUUUCUCUAUUUACUCAAGACCAAAGGGCUGCCGUGGUUUUCAGACACCCGGGCCACCGACAUACAAGGCUGAAUUAGUGCCGCGAAUGAAAGAACCCAGGCCGCCUGCAUAUAGCAUAAGGUCAAGACAAAAAGGUUUUACGCCAUUUAACACCCCAGGUCCAAAUCAAUACGAUCUACCUACAACCAUCGGACCAAAAAUACCAGAUCUGGUUGCUAAACCAGCCUAUUCCUUAGCCGGGAGGCAAAAGGCGUGUGGCGCAGAAGGAUCACCAGGACCUGCUAAAUAUCCUGCAGUCAAUUUGAAUGUGACUAAAACAAAAUUGCCACAAUAUGGAUUACGCUUGAAACCACCGCUAGCGGGUAAACCUAUAGGACCGGGACCUGCAGCUUACAUGAUCAAAUCUAAGUUCCAAGGAGGUUUCUCGUUGCGUUCUAGAGUCUGUGCAAUUCCUUAUAUAACAGCAGAAGAUAAUAUGCCAUGUGUCAACGAUUAAAUAUAAAUUAAAUGGAAAUUGACGGGCUUUGCUAAUAGGAUAGAUGGGGUUAACUUUGUUAAAUAUCUGUCUUAUCCGGGUUAAUAUAAGUACAAAAUUGAGA